UGGCGCCAAAGGCUCCAAGGCCACUUCCGGAGUUGGGCGAACUACAAGUCCCAAAAUGCCACGGGGCCGGAUACGUCACUUCUGUUGUGCUGGAGGCUGAGAAGAACCCGAGCUGGGAGGUGGCUCUGGCUACAGAACCUCGGCUAGGCCCCCAACCGGGCAAGCUUCCCUAGCCCCCCCGAAGAGGGAACCGAGAAGUGGCGGGGAGAUCGACACUUAGACCGAGGGUCGUGCCUGGGAGUUGGAGGCUGACCCGUGUGAAGGGUUGAACGCAUUUCUGCUCAUCAUUUCCAUAGAUGUCCCAAAUGGAGAUGACAUUGGAAUCUGAUGACCAGGACCUGCUGGGCUUCCUGCUGGAGGAAAGCGGAGAACUCUGUGCAGGCACUGAGCGACUGGGAGGUAGAGGAUUUGCUGAAUUGCCUGCUGAGCCCCCAAACAUCUUCGGACGUUCUCAACUCUUCCGACUCUUCUCCUGUCCACCACGAUCAUACCUAUUCCCUCCCACAGGAACAUGUCUCCAUAGAUCUAGACAGUGGGAGGUGCGGAAAGGAGGAGGCCUGGACGAUGCCACAGCAUGUAGAGGAGCCAGCAGAGCAGGAAAUUGCUGGGCUGAUGCUGACUGAGGAGGAGAAAAGCCUUUUGGAGAAGGAGGGGCUCAUUCUGCCUGGGACACUUCCUCUCACUAAGAUGGAGGAACAAAUUCUAAAACGGGUACGGAGGAAGAUUCGAAACAAGAGGUCUGCUCAAGAGAGUCGCAGGAAGAAGAAGGUGUAUGUGGGGGGUUUAGAGAGCAGGGUUUUGAAAUACACAGCCCAAAAUCAGGAGCUACAGAACAAAGUACAGCGUCUAGAGGAACAGAAUCUGUCCCUCCUAGAUCAGUUGAGGAAACUCCAAGCCAUGGUGAUUGAGAUAUCAAAUAAAACCAGCAGUACCAGCAGUUGUGUCUUGGUCCUACUAUUCUCCUUCUGCCUCCUCUUUGUUCCUGCUAUGUACUCUUCUGACACAAGGGGGAGCCUGCCGGCUGAGAUUGCUGUGUUGUCCCGUCAACUGCGUUCCCUCCCCAGUGAAGACCAUUACCAACUGGAGAUGCCUGCCCUGCAGUCAGAGGUACCAAAGGGCAGCACAAGCCAAUUGCUACACAGCUCAGAUGAUAUGUUCCAGGCCCCCGGCAACCUCUGCCUACAGUACCACGUGCCUGAAGCUCCUCAAGCUGUGCCUCUCCUGCAGUGGCCACAACCUGACCUCAUCUCAGAAUCCCCCUGGCCAGGUCACAUUCUUCUCCUGCAGGCAAAUGUCACAAGAAAGGGUGAAUGGCUCCCUACCAACAGCCCCUCAUCAGUCAUCUUGCAGGGUAGAUAUUCAGGUUAGAUAUAAAGAUAUGAGGAAUCAACCAGAGCCUGGCGGACUCCAUCUGUGUUCAAUGAGUGGGGGAAGAAGGCUAGGCUAGUCUAUGCUGCUAGGACACCUGAGGGCUCAAAACACACCACACUUGUUACUGGCUUUGUGGAUUUUUUAUUUGUACUUGUGUGUCUAUAUGAACGGACCUGGGUAAAUCAAAUGAUUGAACAUUUCAUGCACUGAGGGAAGGAGUAGGGAAAGAAAUAAAUAAGUGAUUUUGA